AUGAAUGAAUUCCCCGUCACGUAUCUCAAUUUUAAUCAAGAUUCAUCAUGUGUUGCAUUGGGUUUGAAGACAGGUUAUAAAAUAGUUAAUGUUGAACAAAAAUUUGGAAGAUGUUGCAGCUAUAAAGAUGAUAGUGUAAAUAUAAUUGAAAUGCUAUAUACAACUUCAUUAAUUGCAUUAACACCACUAGGAAAUGAAAUUGGAUCAUCCCCAAGAGAAUUAAAGAUAAAAAACACUAAAACAAAUAGUACAAUUUGUUCAUUAUUCUUCCCCACCUCAAUUUUAAAUAUUAAAUUAACAAAAGAAUUCCUUAUAGUUGUAUUGGAAAGUCAAAUAUAUAUAUAUGAAAUUAAAACAAUGAAGUUAUUACAAACUGUUAAAACAAAUUCGAACCCUAACGGAUUAUGUGCUGUAUCAUAUGAUCAAAAUUAUUGUUUGUUAGCAUAUCCAUCACCACCAACAGCUAAUGAUUCAUUAGCUAGUAUUCAUAAUAAUGUCAAUAAAACAACAGGUACAAAUACGACUAGUGCAAUUUCAAAUAAAGGAGAUUUAAUAAUUUUCAAUAUAAAUAAAUUCCUGCCAAUAAUGGCAAUCAGUGCCCACAAGAAUGAUAUUGCCGCAAUGAGUUUUUCAAAUGAUGGAUCUUUGGUAAGUACAGCUUCACACAAAGGAACAAUUGUAAGAGUAUUUGAUACAAAUACUGGAGUUAAAUUGUUUCAAUUUAGAAGAGGUUCAUAUCCAACGAAGAUAUAUUCUUUACAAUUUAGUAAUGACAAUAAAUAUGUUUUAGCUACAAGCUCAAGUUUAACUGUACAUAUCUUCAGGUUAGGUGAAGAAGAAGCAUUAGAAAAUAAACAAAAGAAGAAAAUUAAAACUAUAGAGGAAGAACCAGAAGGUGAUGAUGAUUCUGACGCAAUGGAUGAAGACGAUGAUGAAGAUGAUGAAGAAGAAGUACCCACAAAGCAAAGAAAAUUAUCACAAGGUUCAUCCAAUUCUUUCACAAGUAUAAAUUCAGAAGAUAUAAAUGCACCAAUUAUUGAUCAAAAUAGAUUAUCCGUUGCGAGAUUAAUACGAAGAUCUUCACAAACUUUAGGAAGAAAAGCAGCUCAAAAGAUGGGUGAUUAUUUACCCUCUAGGUUUUCAUCAAUACUAGAACCAACAAGACAUUUUGCUUCAAUAAAAAUAGAUGCCAAAAAUAAGGAAAUUAAAUCAAUUGCAAUGAUCAACAAGAAUCAAGAUUUUAUUGAUAACAAUUUUGACAAUAAUGAUAAUUUGUUACAUGUUAAUGUUGUUACAUCAGAAGGUAUACUUUACAUUUAUGGAUUAAAUCCAGAAAGAGGUGGUGAUUGUAUAUUAUUAAAUCUGUGUAGUUUACUUAAUGAUGAAUAA